CCUCUUUCCUGUCUACUGGGGCUGAGUGCAUGGUGUGAGUGAGAGGGAGAGGAAGGCGCUGAGGUCUUGUGAGAAGAGCUUGGCCUGCUUCGCUGGGUUGUGCGUGGGAAUGUGUGUUUGAUAGUGUUGCUGUGGGUUAGGUAGCAUGAUCAUACUUUAUUUUUCUAAUUAGUAAGUUUCUUGCCAAAGAAGAUUCAACGAGGCGAGAUACGUUGCUUUUUUUCCCCCAAUCUCCGGUUGUAUAAUUGCUUUUUUUUUGCAGAUUUAGGCUCCAUCGGUUGCCCCUUAUUGUUUCAACCAGUGUUUCAGGCAUUAACGCGGUGUUUUAAAGAUGUCAGCCGGUUGCCAGAAGACCACAAGCCGGGCCAUCCCGGCCACUAGACGGGUGAUCAUUAACGACGCGGCGCACAUGCCGCACGAGUACUCCACAACUCCAGGAGGAACGUUAUUCAGCACGACUCCCGGAGGCACUAGGAUCAUCUACGACCGCAAGUUUCUGCUGGACUGCCGCAGCUCCCCCGUGGCCCGGACCCCCCCUAGGUGCCUUCCUGACAUUCCGGGGGUCACCAGCCCCCCCUCUGCCCACGCCAAAAACGACACAAACCUGCAAGGCCAUACACUGGAGGCACUGAACAACAACUGCAACCUCCCUGCAGAAAAGUCUGCUGGGGAAGACGCUCAGUUUGAGAUGGACAUCUGACUCCGUGUUCGGAUGUAAAGAGAGCGAGCGGAAGGUGACAGAGAAAUGACGGUGCAACAAUGAUGACGACGCUUACAGUGAAGGAGAGCAAACCCUAACCCCACCCUCCAGCACCAGAUUAAUAACCCAAAGCCACCAACCCCACAGCUGUUCCUGGGCCUACAUCUACUACUGAGAACAGCUUCCUUUCAAUGCUGCUGUCAGGACACAACACGCGCACACAGACCCCGCCCACUUCUGCCUCCCAGCCAAUCCCAGAUCAGCAUGACACCCCUUUGGGUUUCCUCCCCACACACACUCGGCAUUCACAUUUCUCCACGGUCCCUUGAGCAAACGUCCGCCGGCAUCUGGGUCAGGAUGGUGUGAUGGCUGCUUUCCAUAAACCCUGAGUACAGUAGAAAUCUGUCCAGUUUCCCCAGUGUUUUACAUUAAUCUCUUUGGUCCGGCAAUUUGCAUGUGGCCAGGUCUGUUCACUCAGCUCAUGCAUCAGCAAGAACGUUUACUCCCGUUUGGCCAGCUGGCCGACACCUUGCCCCCACGACUUCUCAGAAGUGUUAAUCGCAAAUCCAGUUUCCUAGCUGUUCUUGACAGUUGCCUAAACAGGUCGGGCUUGUAGCCGGUUGGUGUACCAGUCGCCCCACUUGUCAAAAAACCUAAGGUACAGGUUUUCCUACCUGCAGGAGCAAAAGAUUCUCCCAUGUGUGCAAUUUGACUUUAAGUUGAUUUAUAAAAAAAUCCAGAGAACCUCUCCUUCGCUUUCCUGUUUCUGAAUGUCACAGAUAAUUUUUGCUUUAUGAUUUGUUUGGAACAAAGUGUCAUAAGUUUGAAUGUGAUUUUUUUUUUUCCAUCUUCUCCGAACGAAGAUCUUGCCUGUUUUCAUUUGUUAUGGGCAAAUAAAGAAUGGGAAAUAAAGACAAAGCAAGGAACCA